AAUGUUCAAGUUCCUAACCCGUUCAAUCAAACCAAACCCAAACCAACUCAAAAAACUAACACCCAAAACCAACAGAACGAUCAUCACUAACCAUGAAAUCGAAACCCAAUCCAACAUCAUCAAAUCAACCAUCGAUCCAAGUUCACAUCAAUUCCAAUCAAACCAAUCAUCCAUGACCACUUUACUUCAAUCUUAUCAUGAUUUAUUAAACCAUAAAGUUCUACUUGGUGGAAAUGAACAAUCAAGAAAAAAACAUCUUCAGAAAGGAAAGCUAUUAGCAAGACAAAGAAUUGAAAAACUUUUAGAUCCGUUUUCACCUUUUUUAGAGUUAUCUCAAAUAGCUGGUCAUGAACUAUAUCCAAACGAAGACUUACCAUCCGGAGGUAUCAUCACAGGAAUCGGUCAAAUUCAUGGGAUUCGAUGUAUGAUUGUAGCGAAUGAUCCAACAGUCAAAGGAGGAUCUUAUUACCCUAUUACUGUUAAAAAACAUUUAAGAGCUCAAGAAAUUGCUGAAGAAAAUAAAUUACCUUGUGUUUAUCUUGUCGAAUCAGGUGGAGCAAACUUACCAUACCAAUCAGAUGUGUUUCCAGAUAAAUUUCAUUUCGGUCGAAUCUUUUUUAAUCAAGCUAGAUUAUCGGCUCAAGGGAUUCCACAAAUCUCAAUCGUACAUGGGAUCUCAGUAGCAGGUGGUGCUUAUAUGCCUGCAAUGUCAGAUAUUAAUAUAAUUGUGAAGAAUCAAGGAAGGAUCUUUCUUGCCGGUCCAAGUUUAGUCAAAGCAGCUAUUGGAGAAGUAGUGGAAGAUGAACAGUUAGGUGGAGGUGAAAUGCAUUGUCAAAUCAGUGGAGUAAGUGAUUAUUUAGCCGAGAAUGAUGAACAUGCUAUCAUACUAGCCAGACGAGAGAUUUUUCAUUUGAAUUAUCAUGAUCAACAAGUGAAGAUGACUUCCAAGGAGGAUGGGAAGAGAUCGGAAGAACCGUUGUAUUCUUUGGAUGAAUUGAAUGGGAUUGUGGGAGUGAAUUUGAAACAAGCUUUUGAGGUUAAAGAAGUGAUUGCAAGGAUUGUGGAUGGAUCAAAGUUUCAUGAAUUUAAACAAGAGUAUGGAAAGACUGUAGUCACAGGUUUCGCUCAUAUACACGGUCAACCAUGUGGUAUUAUCGCAAAUAACGGGGUUUUAUUCUCACCCUCUGCUUUGAAAGUCACCCACUUUAUCCAACUCUGUGAACAAAGACAAAUCCCAUUAAUCUUCCUUGUCAACGUCACAGGUUAUAUGGUGGGUGAACAAGCUGAACGGGGUGGGAUUGCAAAGGAUGGUGCUAAGAUGGUUAGAGCCGUGGCUUGUACUUCCGUUCCUAAGUUUACGGUCAUCAUUGGUGGAUCGUUUGGGGCUGGUAAUUAUGGUAUGGCUGGUAGAGCAUAUGGUUCAAGGUUUUUAUGGAUGUGGCCUAAUGCUAAAGUAUCAGUGAUGGGAGGUGAACAAUUAAGUAGUGUAAUGUCAUCUAUUUCUCAGGAUAAAAGUAAAACUGAAAGAUUAAAAGCUCAAAUCGAACAUGAAUCAACUGCACUUUAUACUUCAGCACGGUUAUGGGAUGAUGGGAUUAUUCAACCGGUUGAUACUAGAUCUGUUUUAGGACUUGGUUUAUCAUUAAGUAAUCCUCAUCAUCAUAAGGUCGAUUACAGUGGUGGUAAUUUUGGAGUGUUUAGGAUGUGAUUGAAAGUUUUUGAAGUGCUUUUAGGUGCAACAUGAUUUGGUGAUUGAAAAUAUUGUAUAAUUAUUGGUUUUGAUUUCUUCUUUUCUUCUUGUUGUUGUUGAUCUCAUUCUAUAGCAUGGUUUUUUUUUGUUUUUUUGUUCGUUUGUAAGAUUAGUGUUUGAAGAUGAUUUCAAUUAUUCGAAUGUUUUUUUUAGUAUGGUACCAUGCAAUUUGAAUUUUGAACAGUUUAAGUG